UCUUUAUACGCGAGCUGAUGCAGCAUGCACUUGUUUUUUAUAUCAAUAUCUUCUAAAUCUUGCAAACCAAAUAUUUUCUACCAUAUAGCUGGUAAGUUUUUCCUCUAGCAUUCCAGGGUUUCCCUCCAGCAGCUGACAACCUCACUGGUAGUGAUAAACGGUCUCCCCGCGACCCCUGCCGUUAUACCUAAACUGAAUUUACCUACGAGGACGUGUUUGACUAGCGCACUCAUCUGAAACUUGGUCAUCUCUCAGAUAGAUAUUUUGCCGUCAUCGAAAGUCACAAAGUCACAUAAAAAUGCCAAUAUUUGACAGCCUCGAACGGCUGAAAAACUCCCGGAUGCGGAAAACACAGCUAACAAAUAGAGAGCUUCAAGAUGAGGUGGCAGCUAAUUGCCGUCUCAGCAGGCUGCCAGCCGAUAUAAAAAUCCACAUCCUCACAUUAUCAAAUAUUUCUAGUAUUAGGACUUUGCUGCAAUACCUCCCACUCGCGGCGUCAAGUUUUCACCGAUUGUUUGACGAGCGUAAACGAGCAAUUCUUGCGGCCAUAGUCAAGGAGACACUGUCAUUGGAAUGGAGCAUCAUAUCCGGCAAUGAAACAUAUGUCCCUUUGGCACCACUUAAACUCGAAUAUUUCAAUCAAAUCGCGUUAGUGGUCUGCGCGCUUUUCCACAAAAAGAGAUUUGAAGAAAUGAAGCGAGGAAUCGACGACAAUGGAUGGCUUCGAAAUCGAUCCGAGCGCCCUAAAACAAUGCAAGAUCUGAGGGUGAAGAUAUACAAAGCCGCUAAGAGUAACGCACUCGACCUGCUUAAAUUGCUCGAGGAAGUGCAAGGAGAGGUCAAGGCCAAAGAGGAGAUCAUGCUGCAGAAAUGGAAAGAGGCUUUCGGAAAUAAACGAAACGAAAGCUGGAUUGUUUCCUGGGUAAAAGGCAAUCUGUAUAGAGCUUUGCUUAUCGAGUGGAAGCUGCAACUCCCCGAAACCGCAAUGCCAACUGACGCUAUACGUGCCUCAGACACGAACGGCAGAAUCCAGCAAACACAUUCAGCGAGCCAAGCAGUACGUUCCCGGUUGACAGACGAAGAAUGGAUGAUUAUGAUGGAUCUAAUGGAAGCCAGAGCCUCGUGUGAGAGUCGAAAAAUCGAAAUCGUCAGGCUUGAGAAACUAUCCACGGCCGGGGAAGAAAUUUGGGGGAUUUUCCUGGAUCAGCUAAACGAAGCUCAAUCGAAGCUUAUAUGCGGUUUGGGAAAGGGCAUAUCAACUCUUCCUUCCUUUUCGGAUAUCUCAGGCGACGAACGCGCAUAUUUAGAGGAAAAAUUUCUGUUGACGCAAUGA